AAAAGCCGGGACUGGGAGCCCGGGCUGUUCAGAGCAGUCAGUCCACUGCCAUACCAGUGGCUCCCUCCCUGGCUCGCUCAGCCCAGCUCAACGCCUUGCCAGCAAUGCCACUCGGGGAGCCCCUGCACGUGAAGACUCCGCUCCGGGACAGCAUGGCCCUGUCCAUGGUGGCCGGCACCAGCGUCUACCUCAAGAUGGACAGCGCCCAGCCCUCUGGCUCCUUCAAGAUCCGGGGUAUCGGGCACCUCUGCAAGACGUGGGCUGAGCAAGGCUGCGAGCAUUUCGUCUGCUCCUCCGCCGGCAACGCAGGCAUGGCCACGGCCUACGCCGCCAGGAGGCUGGGCGUCCCCGCCACCAUCGUUGUGCCCAGCACCACUCCCGCCCUCACCAUGGAGAGGCUGAAGAAUGAAGGCGCCAUGGUCAGGGUGGUGGGCGAGACACUGGAUGAGGCCUUCGAGCUGGCCAAGGCCUUGGCGCAGAACAACCCAGGCUGGGUCUACAUCUCGCCCUUCGAUCACCCCCUCAUCUGGGAAGGCCACGCCUCCAUCGUGAAGGAGCUGAAGGAGACGCUGGGUGCUAAGCCCGGGGCCAUCGCGCUGUCGGUGGGAGGCGGGGGCCUGCUGUGCGGAGUGGUCCGGGGCCUGCAGGAGGUGGGCUGGGGGGAUGUGCCCAUCAUCGCCAUGGAGACCAUCGGCGCCCACAGCUUCCACGCCGCCACUGCUGCGGGCAGGCUCGUCACCCUGCCCGAGAUUACCAGUGUUGCCAAGGCCCUGGGGGUGAAGACGGUGGGGGCCCAGGCCCUGAAGCUGGCUCGGGAGCACCCUAUUUUCUCGGAAGUUAUCUCGGACCAGGAGGCGGUGGCUGCCAUCGAGAAGUUUGUGGAUGAUGAGAAGAUCCUGGUGGAGCCGGCCUGUGGGGCAGCCCUGGCCGCAGUCUACAGCCACGUGGUGAAGAAGCUGCAGGGGGAGGGGAAGCUGCCGGCGCCCCUGCCCUCCCUCGUGGUCAUCGUCUGUGGGGGCAGCAACAUCAGCCUGGCCCAGCUGCGGGCCCUCAAGGCCCAGCUGGGCAUGAAGGAUGGGCUGCCGGAGUGAGGGCCUCACCCCGAGCUCCCGCAGGACUGGAGUUGUAUCCAGCGCCUCGUUGUAAAUAGGACUCUUGGGCUCAGGCAGCGGCCACUGUGCCAGCAGGUGCACUGCUCAUUGGGGGGGUCUGCUGGGUCCCCGGCUUGGGACUUCCCCCGGGGUGGGGCACCAGGCUGUGAACUGAACCCCUUGUGACUCCUUGGCCACCCCAGGCAGCACACCAGGUCCCUGGAGCUGGAUGGACGGGGGGCGGGGGACCAGAGGUGCAGUAGGAGGCACCCCCAGAAAUGCCGUGACUGCGCCCCCAUCCCAGGUGGGCGGCCAGCUCUUCCCUCCUCCCAGGGAGCACUCCCCUGCCCGUUUUUCUAGUGUGCGAACUUUUUCACUGAUGGAGAAAACACGUAUUUAUGAAGCCAA